AAGUGGCAAAUAGUUGAAAGACCCCCAUUUUUGGGGUUUCACCAGGUCGAUUCGAACAUUCCUCCAGACUCCAGAGGAAGAAGACGAGAAGAUGGGGCGGAAGGGGGGCAAGCGGUUCGGCGGCGGGGGCGAGCCGGCGGCCAAGCGCCGGGCCGCCGGAGAGGACGGGCCCUCCGCAAGCGCCGACGACGACAUCGUCGUCGCCCAGAUAUCGAAGAACAGGAGGGUGGCGGUGCGGACCUGGAACGGCAAGGUCGUCGUCGACAUCCGCGAGUUCUACGAGAAGGACGGCAAGACCCUCCCCGGCCGCAAAGGAAUACAACUCUCAAUGGAUCAGUGGAAGAUACUGAGGGACAAUAUCAAAUCUAUAGAUGAGGCCAUCAAGGAGAACGCAUGAUCGGAGCCCGUCUUCUUCUGAUGUUGGAAUUAGCUUGUCCGUUUCUUGUAACUCCACCCAGGAAUAUUGCACUUUUGUUACAGUAUAUUAGUACUGUAUUAUGCUUGUCGAGUUCGAGUAAUGUGGCCUCAUGGCAGAAUACUUGUUCUCUAUCCUCCCUUCUACUGUUUUGUCUGGUCAUGUGGGAAAUGUGGCAUGUGUUGCACUGCUGCCUCCUAGCUCUAAAUGACUUGGUUGUUUUAUGCUAGAAGCAAGUUUAGGCAUUGUCUUCAUUUUGUACGUGGGGUACAAGGAGCUGAAGAUCCCGGUAAGAUUACGCCAUUGUAAAAAUGAGUAAUUGAUUUGUGUGUGCGUUUGUACUUUUAAAUUCCAAGGCAUGUUUGUAUCGUGUAUGAAAUCUCUGCCACCUCCAUCUUAAUUUCAGUAUUUUACUUGGAAUGCGGAUGGAUGAUGGAUUUGUUUAUAUUGAUGAAGUAAAUAUU